CAGUCCCAGCCCCAAUACCAUUCCACACCCACCCACCCGCCAUGCCCACACCUCACACCAAAGAAGGCCUCCUCUGGACCCCCAGCACAACAACCGAAGGCCUCUCCACCUUCUCCAUCCACCCCAGUUCCCCUCAUCCCCAACCCCACUACGAUGUCAUCGUGGUCGGGGCCGGAUUCGCCGGCCUAAUCACCGCCCGCGACCUAUCCCAAACCCACCGUCUGAACGUCCUCCUCCUCGAAGCCCGCGAUCGAAUCGGCGGCCGCACAUGGACGGCCAACGUCCUGGGCGAGGAGAUCGAAAUGGGAGGGACAUGGGUCCAUUGGGCGCAGCCGCACGUGUAUACGGAGUUACAUCGGUACGGGCUUCAUCGGAAUCUGAAGACGUCGGCGGGGACGGUGGCGCCUGAAACGGUGUCGUUUAAAUCGUCGGGGGUGGUGGGUUCGAUGAGGGAAGUGUUGGAGCGUGUUGCUCAGAGGGUGUUUAGUAUUGAUGGAUUGGAUAGUCGGGGGUUGAUGCCGUAUCCGCAUGAUCCGGUGAGAGAGGCGCCGUGGAAGAGGUAUGAUUGUUUGAGUGUGAGGGAUCGGUUGGAUGCGUUGGAUGAUGGGGAUGUGUCGGAGUGGGAGAAGGAGUUGUUCGAGUCGAAUGUUAGUACGUUUGGGAGUGCGUCGGGGAGGGAGAUUGGGUUUGUGGAGGCGUUGAGAUGGUAUGCGCUUGGGGGAUAUAGUAUGACUGGGGUGUUUGAGUUGGCGGCAGUGUUUAAGUUGGGGGAUGGGGGGAUGACGGGUUUUGCGGGGAAGGUUUUGGAGGAGUUUACGGGGGAUAGGGUGUAUGAGACGGUGGUGGAGGAGAUUAGGGAGGUGGGUGGUUGGAAUGGAGUUGAGGUUGGGACCAAGGAUGGGAGGUUGUGGAGGGCGAAGAGUGUGGUUUCGACGAUUCCGUUGAACUGUCUCGGUGACAUCAAAUUCACGCCCCCUCUUCCCACCCUCCAGCAAGAAGCAAUCAGAAACGGACACAUCAACAAGGGCGCCAAGAUCCAUUUGAAACUGCGCGAGACCCUCCCAGGCUGGUUCUGGACUGGCAGUGGACACGGCAACUCAAGCUUCAUGUUCGCAUUCUCCGAUCAUAAUGGAACCCAACCGUCGGGACCAGCAGGGACUUGGUGUAUCGGGUUCGGAUACAAUGGCAAACUUGUUGACAAGAGGGACUCGCGACACAUUGUGGAAGAAUUCAGAAGGAAUGUCAAUCCUGAUGUGCAUGUUGAUGCUUAUGCGACUCACGACUGGAUGAAUGAUCCUUACGCUAAAGGGGCUUGGGCUUGUUGGGGCCCGAAUGCCGCAUCGAAGUACCUUCAGGCAUUACAGCAACAUCGGGGACGGAUUGUCUUUGCUAGUGCGGAUUGGGCUGAUGGUUGGAGGGGGUUUGUUGAUGGGGCGAUUGAACAGGGUCAUGCUGCGGUGCGUGAGACGGUGCGGUUGUUGAAGGAGCAGGAGCUGAAUUUGGCGAGAUUGUGAUGCAUCUGGACAGUUACUUUUCUGAAAAUAGUAACAGUAUGCCUGGAUAACAAUGUUAUUGAG